CUGCACUUUGCAUCAGCACUUUGUGCUGUGCAGACCCCCCAGUGCACACGUCCUUCUUCUUCUCCUGCUGCUCUCUGCCAUAGUGAACCCCAAGAAACCAAGUGAAAAAGUGAGCGACAUUCAGAUUACGUCAGCUAUAGAAGAAGAGAGACCAUUACAUUGAUCAUCAAUUUCUCAUCCAAGAAAAACACAGAAAAAAGUAUCUGCUACAAUGCCUUUGUCUGGAACUCCAGCCCCAAAUAAGAGGAAAAAGGCGACAAAAAUCAUCAUGGAGCUAACCUCAUCAGGAGAAGGAGAUCGGGAUAUCUCCAGACUAAAUUUAGGGAAGAAGAUCAGCACUCCAAGAGAUAUUAUGCUGGAGGAGCUAUCUUUAUUAAGCAAUAAAGGCUCCAAGAUGUUUAAACUUCGUCAAAAGCGAGUGGAAAAAUUCAUCUAUGAGAACAACCCUGAUGUGUUCUCCGACAAUUCAUUGGACCACUUCCAGAAGUUUAUACCAUCUGUUGGAGGCCAUCUAGGUGUCGGUGGAGGAGGAAGUUAUGGUUUGCUUCAAGGCAGUGGACGAUUUGUGUCUAGUCUGUCUGGAGGGCAACAUGGACAUGGAGGCCAAUAUCCACCAGUUCCUCCACCAAAGCCAGGGAGCAAAGGUAGUGCAGGAGGUCAGCAAGGCACUGGUGGCAGUGGAGGUCUGGGCAGCGGGGGUGUUGAUGGUGCAGGAGGAAAAGAUGGACAAUCUGGUCAGCCAGGAGGUGAAGGUGGGAAGCAUAUCACUAUCUUUAAGACUUACCUUUCUCCCUGGGACAAAGCUUUGGGAGUGGACCCACAGCAAGCAACAAACUUAAACAUUAACUUAUUGGAUUAUGCUAGAAAGGCUGACUUGUGCAAGUAUAAAUCAUUUAACAGGUCAGCAAUGCCUUAUGGAGGGUAUGAGAAAGCGUCAAAACUGAUGACUUUCCAGAUGCCUGACUUUGAUGCUGGGCCCGUAGAACCAGAGCCUGUAACAGUCUUCAAUCCUAAUGUCAUUAACAGACCAUCAUUCAACAGGACACCAAUUGGAUGGUUGGGAUCUGGUGAGGGUACACACUACAACAUUGAACUUAAUGUACCCAUUGAUGGUGAAACAGAAGAACUGUAAAGUCGUGGAUCUCCAACAUGAAAAAAAUCUGUAGCCUGUAGGUGUAUGACAAUUUACAGAUAUGACCUGUUCCAGUGGCCACCAAACCUUAUUAGGAAAUGUGCAAUAACUCGAGUUGUGACCACUUAUUAGCCAAGGGCACAGGUCACAUCAAUGCUGCAUCCUAAUGUGCUCUGUUUAAAGCAGCCAGGCUUCCCUAUGUAUGUUGAUGUAAACUAUAGCACUCUGUGAAGGUUGUUUUAAUGGAAAACAAGAAAAGUUUAAAGGGGUUAGCAAUGGAGGACUAAGAAAAUGUAAAAAGACAGCUAGUAGAAGGCAAUGAACGCUUAAUGUUUUGCGCACUGUGGCAGAAAGGACAAUCUGUAAAAUGUAACCUAUCUAUCCAAAAUCCAUGUUCUUGAUUUGCAAUUUUUCAUCAGUGUAACUGAAUAAACACAUACAGUAUCUACAGAA